UGUAAUCUGUUGAAAAAAAAAACUCGUUUGCUAGUGAUUUAUAAUAACAAAUAUAAACUAAUUAAUAGUUAAUUAAUUAAAUAAUAAUACUUAAUACAUUCAUAUUAAAGUACACAUGGAUUAUUUUAUAAAAAAAGACAAUUUAAGGAGAUUUUAUAUUUUAAACAUUGAAAAAGUGAAAUGUUUUUUACUACUUUAAUACUCAUAAUAAAAAAUGACAUAAGAAUUUAUUAAAUUAUUUACUUUGUUAUGUAUGACAUGUAAUUAAAAAAUGGCAAUAUUAUUAGUCGCGGGAUUAUUUGUUAUUAAAUGAUAAAUAAAUUAUUAAAUUAUGCCUCGUAAAGAAAAAACAAAUGCCAGAACAUGGGAACGCGACAGAAGAAAUCGUAUGAAUUUAUAUUUCAAAACCCUAGGAGAAUUACUGCCACCAAAUCAAGACGGAAAAAAUCGUAACAAAGUUGACAUCUUAAUCCAUGCAUCAAAAUAUAUAAAAGAUUUGACAAAUCGUACGGAAGAAUUAUUCAAUAAUAAUGCAGUUGAUGCACACAAAGAGGAAUUAAGUCGUUUAAAAAAAUUAGUCGCCCAACUUUAUUCACGUACACAAUUGCUGUCAACUUUAUUAAAAGAUGCGGGUAUUACGGUCCCAGCUGAACCUGCCUUAGAAAAAAUGUCUCCAUUGAAAUGGUCCAAUAAAAUAAAUGUUGAUGAUACUGAUAAGUAUAUAGAUCGUCAUAAAGAACGAAAAAAACCCGAGAAGCGGAGAAAUAAUUCGAUUGGUUUAAAAAUACCUUUGAAUAAAAAAUCGAAGGCUAGUGAUAUUGAUGUGUCUUCAAAUAAAAAUAAAAAUGAUAAAAAUAUUUUGGAAAUUAUUGGCCCAGUUGAAGACCAAGAAAAUCAUGUGGGCAGUAACAUUGAUGACAAAAAUACAGAAGAUAAAAAAAAUGAUUCAUUGAAUAAAAAUUCAGAAUUGCGAAAUAAUUCUGACCCAGUUUCUAGCGAACCAGCCAUAGAAUCAUCAGCCGGUCCAAAAUCCAGCACCGGAAUCCGCAAACUCGAGUCCCGUAAAAAAUUAAAAAGAAAAAAUUUAAAUAACAACGACCCCCAAGUAAAGAAACCAACUAAAAAAUCACUAAAAUCAAAGUCAACACCAUCAACAUCAGCAUCAACAUCACAAAAUUCAUCGAUAGCAAAUUUAGUAUCCGGGACAUUGAUUUUAUCAAGCGGUAAGUUGAUGCCACUGAUAACACCACUGGCGUCAACAAAUAUCCUCGUCAACCCAAGUACUUCCAAUCAACAGCAGCAACAAUCACAAAUAAUUAUCAGCAACAAUCAAUCAUCAGCGAACCCAAUGAUCGUAAUGCAGUCCGUCGAUUGCAAUAACAUCAAAAAUAUAUCCGUCCAAAAUAAUAAUGUCCUAAAUACUGUACAGAAAGUGACAUUGAAUACAAUACCAAGCAUACGAACAAAUGUCGGAAUAAAUUCCCACGACUGGGUGUCAAAUGUAAAGACAAUUAUCGAAGCGACCAAAAUCGGCGGUCGCAAAGGCAUUUUACCAAAAGGUAAAGAAAUAACGAAGACAACUAUGGCCUACAAGGUCCCGAUUCCUGUCGUGCGUCGCGACGUCAAAACACUUGCCAGCAAAUCUGACAUCAAAAAUACGAAGACAGAAAAUAAAAAUAAAAAUAAAAAACAGAAAUUUAGGAGUAAAAAAAAAAAUGAUGACAAAAAAUUGAAGGAUAAAAAAUCAGCGGAUGUUCAUGAAAAUGAUGACAAGUUGACAGCCGAAGUGAGUGAGAAAUUACCAGAAAAUAGUGAACCGAUUGAUGACUUCCAGAACGUUGCUGAUAAAAUUACCGAAAGUUCGGAAAUUAAUAAUGAUGCGGAUGUCAAUUUGGAUAACCAGUCAACGGAAGCUGAAAAAUCCUCAGUUGAAAUUUUAACUGAGACAAAAGUCGAAUCAGCUGCCGCAGAAUUGAGCUGCGCUAAAGAAAUAAUCGAGGACUCAGGUGAAAAAAAUAUUUCUGACCCAGGAGUAUCAGCGGCAGAGCUGACGGAAACUCUGGCUGAAAAAGAUGAAUUUUCAGUAGAGAAAGUAAUCGAAGUUGACAUCAAUAAACCGCCAGAAGUUAAAGAAGUCUGUGAUUUAAAUUCUCGGUUCAAUUUGUUGACUGAGUCGCCGGACAACUCAACGAUAGACGCGACCAAGAUUAUUUUGAAUCUAGACACCAACACUACGACGACAAUGAAACCGGAAAUGUCAUCAGCUGUCACAGUAACCGUCGCGCCUGAAGCAAAAGACGAAAAAUUGAUAAAGGAAUCAAACAAAAGUCUUUACAGCAACGACAAUAGUUUCGUGCCGAUAAAUAAUCGGGACUUACACUCCGAUUUAUCAAACGAUUUAUUUGCGUCGCUUCAAGUCCCGUCUAAUUCCCAUAACCCAGAGUCCAUUUCACCGACCGCUGCCUUUUUGAUGGCGUUCCCAUUGGUGUCGUCGUUGAACGGCAAGACAGAAGUUCUUGAAGAAGACAUGAAAGAGGACUUGAAGUAUCACAGCCAGACACCUCCGAUGUUGCUGCAAAUUGGCAACAUCGAGCCCAAUAGUUUCAAAGUAAAAUCCGAUGAUUUGAAAAUAAGCGACAGUAAAUUCAAAAAAAAUUUAAUCCCAGAUCCAGAAAUAAAAACUGAUAACUCGAAGUCGCUGCCGAAAAUUAUAAACAGCGAGACGUUUAAAGACAAAUUGUAUCGAAUUGUUCCCUACUCAAAAUCGAUUGUUCCGACGUCGAUAAAUAAUUUGACAAACUUAAUAUCUAGCGUCAGUUCGGCUGCUAAUUCAAACUGUGAUAUUGAUAGCAAUAAAAAAAUAGAUAAGUCUAAAUAUAAUGACAAUAAUAAUAAUUCUAAUAAUAAUAAUAAUAUUAUUAUUAAUUCAACGAAUGAUAAUAAGUUGUCUAAAUAUAAUGAUGACAAUUCGACGCGUUAUCAGACGACCUUACUGACAGAUUAUACGUCGAACUACACGAAUUUCACGGUAAAUAAUACAGAAGAAAUUAUUCCAAUAGAUAAUUCGCGGGCUUAUUCAAAUCAGAGCGGGAUUCAAAAUAAUGAAUCUCUUAAUUUACCGUACCAGUAUUCUUCCCAAGAGCAGCGAUAUGUUGAAAGUAAUCAUGAGUCUUCUAAUUAUUCCCACAAAGAAAUUUUUAAUAAUCAAUUGACCCCACGUUAUAACCCGGGAAAUUUGAAUAAAAAUUCACCGGUUGAUUAUCAAAAUUAUUUAAUUAAAGAACGCGAUUUACAAACUCAGUCUCAGUCUCAGUCUCAAGUUCAAGUUCCCGGUCAAAGUUUGGAUCAAAAUUACAGCAACGCAACAACGAAACAAACCGCAACGAAAUCUGUCAAAAUUACAGAACACUUUGGACUUUCAGGUGAUAAAAUGUCACCGGACUUUGGUGUUUCCGGUUUGAAAAUGACAGAAAAUGAGCACUAUGACGUCACGAGUGUUAAGAUGAAUUCAGAAAAUUAUACAGGACAUUAUGUUCCUUAUACGCGGGAUGAAAAAAAACUUUUUGAUGAUAAUUCGCAUAAUAAAAAUAGUGGGCAGAUUUCGUUGCCUCAUUAUUCACAUCAAGUUACGUCACAAAUGCAACAAAAACAACAACAGCAGCAACAAAAUGUUGCUAAUAAUAAUAAUAAGUCUACUGGUGCUAAUAAUUCGUCUAAUUUUAGUGUUCUUUCUUGGACUGGUAUUUCACCAAAUAAUAAUAAUAAUAAUAAUAAUAAUAAUAAUAAUAAUAAUAAUAAUAAUAAUUCUACAAAUACUAAUAAUAAUAAUAAAACAAAUAAAAGCAAAAAUAAUAAUAAUAAUAAUAAUAAUAACAAUAAUAAUAAUAAUUUAUUAAGAUUUGAACAAAAUACUGAACAAAAUUCCAAUGAAGAUAAGACAAUAUGUGAAAAUUUUAAUUAUUCAUUACAAAAAAACGCGACAUUCAAUAAUAAUAAUAAUAAUAAUAAUAAUAAUAAUAAUAAUAAUAAUAAUAAUAAUAAUAAUAAUAAUAAUAAUGCUAAUAAUGAUAAUAAUAAUAAUAAUGCGGGACAAUCAUUUACGACAGACUUAUCAUCAACGGGAAUAGAAAAAAAAACUAAACCACCAACAACAACAGCAGCAACAACAACAACGACAACGACAGUGACCCAUAGUCAAGAUAAAACAAAAUCUACUGGUCCGACCCAAAAGUCCCGUAAUCAAAAUCCAGUAGACGAUUACGGUAGCAACAAAAUAAAUAAAAAAUUUACAGUCGAUGCAAAUUACACGCAGACAGAAUUCCCAUUGGACCAGCAGCGACACUCUAAAACUAAUCAGACACCGAAGGAGAAUAAAAACUACAGCAAUUAUGACUCUAUUAAUUUUGAUAUCGAACCUGGUAACCCCGGAAAAUGUCCAGAUAUUUACUCUGGGAAUUAUAAAGAUCAGAUAAAAUAUCAGGGAAUUUUGCAUGAUCCUUACAAGCAGCAACAACAGUUAAAAUCCAAACCAAUUCAGCAGCAAGUCCAGCAGACGGCCAGACCACCAGUAAACUGGAUGAUGACACCGGAAAUAAAACACAACUCUAAUGUGCCGGACAUUAUUUUGCCGCCGAUUGGCAAAGAGUUAGAGUUUUGUCAGAACAAUAUUUUUAGCCAGCCUCCAACUUACAAUCAGCCAUCAACAUCAGCAGCAAAUCAUCAAUUUUACAACAACUAUGACGUAGCAGUAAGCGCUGCAGGAUUUACAAAUGUUUCUAGCCUGCAAAGCGACCCCCGGAGAUUAACAGACACUUAUUACCCAGAUGACCAGCAUUUUUCCUGGUCGCCAACCAAAAAUCCUCAGAAUCCAGACCACUCCCAAGUUAUUAAAUCAAUAGAACAUCAGCAGCAGCAUCAGCAGCAAGUGGUUCCAUCAACUUUACCAACUCUCGUUGGUGAUCUAGCCCUGGGUACCGUCACUGAAAAGGGUUUUAUGUUCGGACAGCGCAAUGAUAUAGCGCAGCCUAAGACAGUAAAAGACAAAGAAUUCUCAGUGAUCAACGAAAAUGUCCAGCAUUCCGUUCAAGGUGGGUCAUUUUUGUCCGUAAGUCAAUUAGUCGAGCAUGAGAAGGCUGAGAAACAUCAGCAGAAUCAUCCCCAUCACCCGCAUCAGCAGCAGACCCAAACCCAGACACAAACGCAGACGCAGACGCGGAAACAUCAGCGGAAGAGCAACACAAGUCCGCGGACGGCUAGAAGACAAAUGGAGAUGCGGAAAACGGACCAGUUGCCGCAACACGAAGAGCAAAAAAUUGCCGUUGGGUUUCCUGGCGCUUGUGCUCCUGACGGUUAUCAGCAGCAGAAGUACCAGCAGCAAGACGGACUAUGGAGAAAUCGUAAUUGCAAAAGUAAUUAUACCGCAGAAGCUUUGAUUGGAGUGAAUACUUCUUCUAGUAUCCAGGAUAAUAAUCCUGACAAACAAUUACACGCAAUAAAAUUCUCCGCAGAUUAUUCGCAGAAUAAAUUCCCGGGUGGGUUGUCAGCGGACAUGGUGAUGCCCCCGAUAAAUUAUUUAGCGACGAAUCCGGACGACGGUAACGGAUAUGGCCAAGUGAUGAACCAGAAUUUUAAUCAUACGUCUUAUACUUAUUCUCCUAACGCGAAUAUUUAUCCGACGACAAAUUUUAUUCCGGGAAUAUCUGCUAAUACUCCCGGAAGUUACAUGAUGCCGUUGCAUGACAACCCGACGGAUUAUUUAGAGGCAAAUUCAUUUUUAUUACCGAAUGUUACUACGAAUGUUGGCAAUCCAUCAAAAUCAACAGACAUGCCAGCGAGUGUGACAUCUUCGAGUACACGUGUCACGGCUUCGUCAACGGCAACGACGAACGUCAAGAAUACUCAUUAUGGUAAUGGGGGAGUGAAGCAUCACCAGAAUUGUGACGGCAAAAGAAAUUACACGAGUGUCAGUAAAAAGAGUAAGAAGAAAGCGGACCCGAUGCAUGUGGAGUUUUCGGUACCGGGUGUGGCGACGAUGGAAGAUUACCCGCAUCAUCAUCAUCACCACCAUCAUCACCAUGGGCACUCGGCGAGUUUUUUGCCGCCGCCACCACCCCCGCCGCCGACGCAUGCUAAUGCGUUGUAUCAGAAUUCGCCGCAUGCUAUGGGAAUGGGACUGGCGGGAAAUUCAAAUAGGAGCAGAAGUAUGACGAGUAAUUCUGUUGCGAUGACACAUCAUCCGUCGGGAACGAGUCUUACUAAUUUUAAUUUGAGUACAAUAUUUCCAGAAAUAAAUGAUAAGAUACCCGGAUACAAACCACCAAAUAUUCCACCCGGAUUGACACAGUCUACCAAUCACUCAUCCGCGAGUUAUCCACAGAGAAUUAAUUAUUCCGCCAAUAAUACUCUCGGUCACGUGCCACAGGUUUCCGAAGCAACCCAAUUUACAAGUGACUUACCAGCUCCACCUCCACCAGUGCUUCACUACAAAACAACUUGACGAACUAUAAUUAAUUAAAAAACUGUAUUAUAAUUAAUUUAUCAUAUAUCCCCGCGAAUAAUAUUACGUGUUUAAAUAUGUACAUAUAUUUCAUAAAUUAAUUUAAUAAAAAAAUGAGUUUUAUUUUUCA